AUGGCAGUGAUGCAGCUGUUCCUCCUGACCCUAGGCCUCACCCUGCUCCCUGUGGUGCAGGCUGGCUACAUCAAUCAAGGUGAAUGUGCAACAACAGAUAAGCUUUUAGGAAACUGGUACAUAAUUCGCUGGGCUGGAAACCUUCCUCUUCCAGAAGAAAAGCUGAGAAGCCCGCUGCCACCCUUCACAUUGUCAAAAAACAGAAUCGGGUACUUGGAGUUUAGGAUGAACAUCUCGAAACCCAUUGGAUGUGUUGAGUUCAAGAUGGCCUUGAAUGAAGAAAAAAACAAACCUUGCUACUUCUCUGUCUGGAUGUGGCACUAUGUUGGCAUAGUGCUCCUUAGAGGUGACAACUUCGGUUAUGCCUAUUUAAAUGCCAAAGUCAACAAUGUGGAGCAGAAGAUGGUAAUGUUCAUGGGUCGCCAAAAUCAUACUGCAAACCCAACAAUGCUGGUGGAUUUUGAAACCCUUGUGAGCCAACUAUCACUGAACAAUACAAGCAUCAUCAAUCCCCCUUACGAUGGGUAUUUCUACACUGGUCUCUCCUUGGUGCAGAAUUUAAGGAAUCACUCCACUGUGGCUGGCAAUGGGCAGCUGGCAUUACAAAAGGAGCUAGAGGCCAGAUGCACUGGCUUUGCAUUGUACAUAUUUCAGGUCAUGGUAGCUGGACCUUCAGAUAUUUCAUCCUUCAUGAUAGUCAAGGUCACCACCUAA